ACCAGCAAUUUCGGGCCAUCGAUAAACGAAUUUAGCGUUAGCAGGAAAAGGAACUAAGGAAGACCACUCUUUCUCUCCAUCCAUUACUGGGUUUUGGACGACCAGAAGAUGGCAAUUUCUUUAAAUUCAGUCAUGAGCUUCAACUCUUCGAAGCUGGAACCCAAGUACCAUGAUGCCUCAAGAUACCCUGUUGGAGCUUCCCUGCCAAAGGCCACUAAGCUCACACUAUUCUUGGUAACAUCAGCACGAAGAAUGCAUGCCAAGGAAAAACCCCGGCACCGUCUUUCAGUUGCAGAUAGUGAUCAGCUUGCCGCAGAUGCUGAUGGCAAAAAUUCUUCUGGUGAUGCUGGAGGAUCACCGGCUAAUGAUCAGUCACCAUCCAUAAAUCCACCUCUAGAAAAUGUCCAGUUCCAAGCUAGUGCUAAUGCCAAUCCCAAAUCAAAAUCUCAGACAUCGGAGGUUUCCAAUGGGCCAGCUGUAUCUCCUAACUUACAAUCUACAACGAAAAAAUCUCCUUUGACUGCAAGAGAGAGGCUUAGGGCAGCUCGAGUCCUUAGUAGGUAUACAGAAUCAAAAGAAUCUUCUAAUAAGUCAGACAUGGGAAGUAGAGUGUUGGAUGCUUUAAAAGAGAGUGAUCGUGGGAAGAAAAGGUCAAGGCUUCCGGAAGCCCCUACAAAUUUAUUUGAUGACAACAAAAGGGGGUUGCCCAAGCCAGGAUGGACCUUCCAAUUUCCUGGGGGUUUUGAUCUGUUUAUCAUUGCCUUUUCAUUUGUUUUUAUCAGUACUUUGAUGUUUGCAACAACUUACAUCGUCUGGAAAGUUGGUGCGAUCCAUUUUAAUGAGUACUGAGAUGAGGAGUUGGUAACUGUCCACCAGACACACAAAAAGUUCAUAGAUGUGUGGGAUGAAUAUGCUUGUUUGGACAAGCUUCAGCUUCUUCAAGGCCUGAUGAAGUGAAGUGAGGAACUGAAGAUCAGUUUUUCUGAUUAUAGAUUAAGAUACUUGACACUUGUUAUCUCUUGGGAGGUAGGAUUAAGAUUUGCUUUAUGCAGGAUGUACAAGUGAGUGAUCAAAUACUAGCUUGGUCUUAAAAUGCCAUGUAUAUGUAUCUAGUCCUUUGCAGUUGUUAUAAUGCUUCCCUAGACUCUUCUUUCC